AUGCCCUCGACCUCCUCCCUCCUUCCCUCCACCGACUUCACCUUCGACGGCCUGCCAGCCUCUCCCGCGCCAGGCGGCGACUUUGCAGCGCUCAGACACUUCCGCACAUACACCCCGAGCGACUCCACCAGCCCGCUCGGUCCCGGUCUCCUCUCCGUCGCUGGACUGCUUGCUGCCCUUCAACCUCACACCGCAACUCUCGCCGGGACUCAGGCAGACAAAGACAGCGUCGCGAAGCCGGCGGUCACGUCUGUACGCCAGAGAGAAAAGGCGGAUGACCAAGUCGGGCGAGCAGGGACCUCCUCGCAGGCGAAAAGGAAGGGAAGGGCGGAACCGGUCGACGAUGAAGAUGAGAGCAGUCAGGCGGCUGGCAGGAUCCCCGAGAGCGAAGGCGGACGCGAAGAAUUGAGGAACAGCAGUAGCGAUGGUGGACAAGUUCGCAUCGGCGCUGCCAGAUGGCUCUUACGACAUCGAGGAUGGACCUCUCGCGUCUGUGGCUUCGUCCCUUCGCCAGCUCAGCCAGGUCAAUACGAUCGUCGACCGUACAAUCAAGGUCGAAACGAUCAAGCGACUGCUCAACGAGGUCGGUGGGUCAUCGAAACUCGACCUGCGGCGGAGCGAGCGCCUCUUUGGAACGUCUGUGCGCAGCACUGGCCACAGGAAGUGACGGGAUCAACUCUGGGAGAGUCCUACCGCCUUCUCGUCGCCUCUCAAGCCUCUUCUCCAAGCUCUCUCGACAGCGUCCGCGACCGCAAGCGUGCUACAAGCGCAGCGGACGGGGUAGAACGUCCGACCAAGCGCCCCAAACCCGCAGUGAGUUCGAGUGGUUCUUCGUCGCGAAGGAAACAGAAGAAGGCUUCGAACGGCGCGACGAAGCGUCUCAUCCCCGCAACAGACCCAAGCUGGAGCGGCUUCACUCUCAACAACCCGUUCAAGCAGAUGCCGAACGGACUCGUCGUUCGCUUUCCUGUCUCGCCAAAACUCGGAAUGCUCUCGAGUCAGACUCUCGAAGAACAGGCGAAGCGACUUUCAUCCAUCGUCGAGCUCAACGAGGACAACGGCUGCUUCAAUUGGAUGUUGCGACCCUACCGCAAUCAGGUCGAGAAGCUCCUGCCUCUCGCUCCCGCCCUUUCGUGCGACGUUCUCGAACCGCCUACGAAACACCCUCUCGCCUUCCAACCUAUCGACGGAACGCCUCUUAACCUCGCCAUCGCAUCGCAAGAUGUGCCCUUCCUCGCAUACUACGGCUAUCUCCACGAGCUUUACGCGCCGACGAUGGACGUCGCCGAGCGAUGGAUGGCCUUCAUCACCGAGUCAGAGCAGCUUGCGAUGGCUCGAGAGGCCGACUGUCUUUGCGCCCAUCUCGUCUACGCGGACGGGCUGAAGUGGUUUAAGAGGAAUGGCGGAUGGUCGGGCGAGAAGAAGCGCGUCGGUGCAUACAGCGGAUGGAGCGUGGGUCGGGAUUCGGUUGUCGAGGGCUCACAGCCGUCGGUGCGAGCCUAUGCCCACUUCACCACCGGCCGGCUCGACUCGAACGUCAAGGUCGUGCUGUCAAUGGUCGCCAAGUUCAAUGCCGCACAUUCCGACGCGCCUAUCGAGGUCGUUGGCGUCUUCACUGGCUCGGCAAUCAACGUUGACCCGCAAGGCGCGCUCAACCUCUCGGACGGGGAGAUCAUGACGCUGGAGCCGUUGACCAGCGCCGCACGCUUCACUGGCAUCACGCACGGCGGACUCAACGCCAUCUCGUGCGGAUCCGUCUACUACUACGACGACCUCGUCACCCUGCUGUACGCAGUCCCGCGCGGAGUCAAGCUGUCGGCUCUGCCGAAGGUCCCUGGCUUUCCCUCCUCCGCAGCCUCCGUCCUCCUGAACCGCCACCCGGCCACCAUGACCGUGCACGAAACGAUUCUCGCGCUCCAGGUGUCGCAGAGGCGACGCGAAAUGCGGAAGGACGGAUCGAAGCAGGACCAGGUGCCAAGGAGGGAACGCUUGCAGAAGAAGCGGUUCCGAAAGGGUCGCGGUCCCCUCUCCGUCACGCUCAACCUCGGCAAGAACGUCGUCGACUCACUUCUCAGGCGAUUCCCCCGCUUCGCUCGUACGCGCGUCUCAGAAGCGGUCGACCUGCCGGAAAGCCUGAUGGUCCAGAUCCGACCGUUCGAGUCCGAGCCGUUCUUCCCUACGCUCUCCUGGGUCGCCUGGACGUCCUAUCGCCGUGGCACGCUCCAGGACGACUUCCUUGGCGGCAUCAUCUCGGCGGGCUCGAUCCGAGUCGGCGUUCGCGUACGGUUGCAGACCAACUCGCGCCAGACUCUCGUUCGCAUGAUUCUCUGCGAGGACGACACCGCAAUCUUGGCAUCCUUCAACGUCGCUCUCGCUCAAGCGGCAGACGAGGCAUGGCUGUGGUGGGACGACGAGGAGAAGGUCUUUUACGCCAGCGCGGAUGAGGACGGAGACGAGCUGCUACAGUUGAAGAGCGGGGCGUGGCAGUGGGACAAGGAGACGGUCGUCGGGCGCAUCAACCCGUCAAUCUCGUUGAAGGGGGAGGAGAGGAAGAGCGCUGGCGAAGCAGCGAAGGAGAUGAUGGAGUCUAUCCUGCACUAG